GUAUAACACUACAAGGUAUUGCGAAGGACACCAAGGAUGAAUCACUACUGCAAUAUAGGACCGCGAAACGUUACGCAACGUACUACAAACAUACGACACAUUGGUACAACGUCACACGGAAUUGGAACAAAGGUUUCGAAUAUAAGGCUGGGCGCAGCAUCGACCUUUGGAUGGAUAAACACCGUCUGUACGAAGCUCCGGACGACACCGUAACACGAGGUUACCACCACGCCGCCGGAACGCCGCCAUAUGCUCCGGAUACUGUCGGAACGAGAGGUUGCCGCAGUACCGCCGGAAGGACGACACUAGCCCGGGACACCACUGGAACAAGCCGAUGCCGACGUAACACGAGGUUGACGCCGCAUCGCCGGGAUGACACUAUAUGCGCCGGAUGCCGCAGCAAUACAGGAUUGCCACCGUACUGCCGGGACGCCGCAGUAUAG